CAUAUAUUUAUACAUAUAGACAUUUCAUAGAAUUUUAAACAAUAAAAAUUUUAAUAAAAUAUAAUUGGUAAUAUUUUUCCAUUAAAUAUUGCCUUCUAUAAAAUUAUAAAAUAUAGUUGUCACUGCCAUCGAAAAAGCUUGUGUAUAGAUUGCGUGGGUGGAUCUGCUAGAUCCUAUGCGUGUUUAAAAGGUGCUGAUGAAUGUUAUAGUAAUAAAAUCAGGAAAAGUAUAUAAAAAUAGUUGUAACGAUAAGAGCUUGUACGAGGUCAGAUAUUAUUUAUACCUUUUUACCUUUAUCAUAUUAUAUGUGCAAGAACGAUUAAAGUUAACCACAAAAUGAAAUGUUAUCAACUGGUUCUGAUCGUUUUGAACGUAUGCUUAGUGCACACAUUUAAUUUAGAACCAAGAAUACCUGUUAUCAAAAAAGGAUUAAAUGGAUCUUAUUUCGGUUACUCUGUAGCCGAACAUCAAGAAACUUCCGACGAUGGAACAAUAUCAAAAAGCUGGAUGUUAAUUGGAGCUCCUUUAGAUCAAAAUAGGCAACCAGAAACUAAUAGAUCCGGUGCAUUGUGGCAAUGUCCUUUAACAACAUAUAAAACAGAUUGCACUCAAGUGAUUACAGAUGGACGAUUAACAGAAGGGAGUCUGUAUGACACAAAUCUUGAAUCUGAUGAUCUAAUACCACCAGGUAAUGAUGAAAUUAAAGAUAAUCAAUGGUUAGGAGUAACAGUACGCAGUCAAGGCUCUGGUGGCAAAGUAAUGGUUUGUGCUCAUAGACAUAUUGUAAAAACAGCAGAUUCUCAGUGGGGUCAAGGGCAAUGUUAUAUAUUGACACAAGAUUUGAAAUAUCAAGAUUUAAAAAAACCUUGCUCUGGAAAACCUACCAACAAAGCACAUGAACAGUUUGGAUAUUGUCAAGCAGGAACCAGUGGUGUCCUUACUUCGGAAAAUCGUGUCGUUAUUGGUACUCCCGGCCCACAUACUUGGAGAGGGACUUUAUAUCUCUUUACCGUUUCAGAUGAAUUUUUAACUAGGGAUAAUACAGUUUAUAAUGCUCCAAUGCAAGAUUCUUCUCCUGUUAACAAAUAUAGUUAUUUAGGGAUGUCUGUUACUGUGGGUGAUUUCUUUGGUACUGGAUUAGCUUAUGCUGCUGGAGCUCCGCGUUCAAAUGGUACAGGUCAAGUUGUUCUACUUACGCGACGCGAUUUUAAGCCAGAUAUGGAUGUUGCUCUUAUUUUGGAUGGUGAACAAUUUGCUUCAAGUUUUGGAUACGAAAUUACUUCUGCAGAUGUUAAUGGAGACAAAGUUGAUGAUCUUAUUGUAGCUGCACCUUUUUACUUCAAUAAGGCAGAAGGGGGUGCAGUAUAUGUGUAUACUGAAUUACAAAAAACUUACAAGAAACGUGAAAAAAGUAAACCUAUUAAACUUGUUGGGCGUGAAGAAUCAAGAUUUGGAUUUGCUCUGACAAAUCUGAAAGAUUUAAAUAAAGAUGGAUAUGACGACAUUGCUAUUGGAGCUCCAUAUGAAAAAAAAGGAACAGUAUACAUAUAUCUUGGUUCAAAGAAUGGAAUAAUCACAGUACCAUCACAGGUUAUACAUGCAGAAGAUAUGCCAGAACCAUUACAAACAUUUGGCUAUUCACUAAGUGGUGGAAUUGAUAUGGAUCAAAAUGGAUAUUUCGAUUUAUUAGUAGGAGCUUAUGAAAACGACGCUGUAGCACUUCUUCGUUCGAAAAAAAUCAUUGAUAUUACGACUUCUAUUCAUUAUUUAAAAAAAGAUGGUACAUUUCAAGAAAAAAUUGAGCCUAUAGAUCCUAAUAAAGUUGGGUGUCCAGAAGAUCCAGAUUCAAACCAUACCUGUUUCUCAUUUGAAGCUUGUUGUGAGACAAAAUCUUUAGUAAAAGAAGAAGAUAUGCAAAAUCUAAAAUUAAAUUAUUAUAUUGAAGCUGAAACUUAUACUGGAGUUAAAAAAUUUUCUAGAGUUUGGUUUGGAACUGGGUAUUCUCAUUUACAUUACGUUAAUCGUACUGUUCAUUUAGAUACAACAAAAUUGAAGCAUUGUCAAAAAGAAAUAGUUUAUUUGAAGGAAAAUACACGUGAUAUUCAAUCACCUAUUAAAUUCCGCUUAAAUUACUCAUUAAUACAAGAAGAACCAAUUAUGCCAGCUGAAGGAGAACCUUUACCUGAUAUAAAGAAUUACCCUAUAUUAAACCAACAAGAAGCUGCUCGUGUAUUUGAAGCCACCUUUCAAAAAGAUUGUGGUAAUAAUGAUAUUUGUGAAAGUGAUCUGCAAGUAAAGGCUCGAUUAAAUCUAUCAGCUUCUUCGGUGAAACCAAAUUUCUACGAACUUCUCCUUGGUGAAAGAGAUGAAGUUGUGGUUGAUGUGAACGUGUCUAAUAUUGGGGAAUCUGCAUAUGAAGCACAAUUAUUUAUUGUUCAUUCUCAAAGUUUAAAUUAUAUCGCUAGUAAAAGCAAUGAUUCUGCAAUCUGUAAUUUAUAUAAUGCGACUAUAGUAGGCUGUUCUAUUGGAAAUCCUUUUAAAAAAGACAAACUAGUAAAUAUACAAGUAAGAUUUGAUCCAAAAGAACUAGAAGAUAAUAAAUCACAAUUGGAAUUUGUAAUAUUUGCAAAUUCCACUUCAAAAGAAAUAAAAGAAAAAGAACCUAUAAGAUUACAAGCUACAGUAUUGAAACAAGCAGAAUUAUCAAUUAAAGGGAGUGCGAAAAUUCAGUGGGCCUUUUAUGGUGGUCCAGUUAUAGGUGAAUCUGCCAUAAAACAUUUAAAUGAAGUAGGACCGAAAGUAUCGCAUGUGUACGAAGUGUUCAACGAGGGUCCAUGGAGAGUAAGUAGUUUAGAAGUUCACAUUUCGUGGCCUUAUGAGGUUGCGAAUGACAAAGCCCAUGGUAAAUGGCUUUUGUAUUUAGAAGAGCUACCAACUGUACAAGCUUUAGGUGAUGGUGAAUGUAUAUUACCAUCAGGGCAAGUAGUUAAUCCACUAAAAUUGCAAAAUAGUAUAAGCUACGAUGAUAUUGAUGUAUUCCAAUCUGUAAUAUCUACUCCUCCUCCCUUGCCACACAAUCAUACUAACCACAUGAGGACUAGACGAGAUACAGAAAAAGUUGUUAAUACACGAACGAUCAUUGAUAAAGAUGGUCACAGACGUCAAGUAGUUUCAAUGAAUUGUAAGGCUGGGACUGCAAAAUGCUUUGAUAUUACAUGCUUUAUAUACAAUUUGCAACGAAAACAGGAGGCAAUUAUUACUGUUAAAGCAAGAUUGUGGAAUUCUACUCUUGUAGAAGAUUAUCCAAAAGUAGACGAAGUAAAAAUUGGUUCUAAUGCAAAAAUUGUUAUACCACCAAAUGUUGUAAUACAACAAGAAAAUUUAAAAGAUGAUUAUGCAAUUGCUGAAAUAAUUGUAUAUCCGAAUCUUCUUGAUCACCAAGAUGGUGAACCAGUACCACUAUGGAUAAUCAUAAUAGCGGUUGCAGCAGGUUUCUUAUUAUUUAUCUUAAUUACUUUGCUUCUCCGAAAACUCGGGUUCUUUAAAAGACGGCGGCCAGAUCCUACUUUGUCAGGAAAUCUCGAGAAACAUAGAGAAGAUAAUCCAGAAAGUGAGGCAUUAUUUAAGCGCUAAACAUUUAUAACAGAAACAUUGCAGAUUAUUAAUUGAUAUAUACUAUCUUAUAUACUUACAUAUAAAGUACUUACAAUGAAAAUUACAGCAAAAAUUAAUUCUUUAAAAAAGAAGGAGAAGAAAAAGUAGAUUAAUGCAAAACAUUUGGUAUCCAUAUUGUGAUAUAUUGACGUAUUUAUCCAUAUAAUUUUUUCAGAAAAGCACAAAAAUUUAUAAUGUUUUAUAUGUACUUACUAUCUAUUUAAUAACUACAUCAGUAGUUAUAUUUUUCAAUAAUAUUUAGGCCAUUGACUUUUUAUAAAUCUUUUUUUAACUAUAUACUAUUAUCAAAAAUCUUUAUGAAAUUAUUCAAAAUAUUAAAAUCGUAAGAACAUUAAAAAAUAUAAAGGUUACUUUGCGACAAUAAUGUUAUUUAAUUUGCACAUUUAUACAAGCGCACAAUUGAAGUAUAGAAGAAAAAAAUAUGUAAGGAAAACUAUACAAUUUAAUUCUACAUUUUAUACAAUUUUACAUUCAUAUAAUGAAACAAUAUCUAUUACAACUAAAUAGAAACAUGGUAUAAAAUUACUUUCAGUUUUAGAUAUGAAAGAUGCAUUUAUUUAAUAUUAAAUAUUUCUGUAAGCUAUACAGGAAUUAUUUGAUACAUUUUAUAAUAAGACUGACUUUAUAUAAAAUGCACUUUUUGUUUUGCAAAAUUUGUACAAUUUCUUUUUUAUUAAAAAAUUGACAAUUGCAAACUAAAAAAGUCAUAAUAAAUGCAAACUUGCCAUUAAUUUUGUAACAUAAGAUUAUUAGAACAAAGAUACUUAACUCUAGAGUUCAAUGCUAAUGAAAAAAACAGACUCACAUUGUCUUUACACUGUGACUUAAAAUAUAUGAGUAAUAUAUUUAAUUAUAUUACAUUUACAUAAGAAGGAUUAAAUUCUUUAAUCUUAUUUAUAAUAUAACAAUUUUUGGAGGUUUUAAUUUGUACCCAUAAUGGGAACUUAUUUCUUUAGAAGUAGUGUACAAAAUUAUUAGGUACAUUAUUACAUUUUUAUAUUAAAUGUCAGCAAUAUACAUAUGCAUAUGUACUAUUAAAGCUAAAGAAUGUUUAAUGUAACGUGCCUUUAAAAUAUUGUAUACAUCUUAUUGAUUGUUAUAUUAUAUGUAUACUACUUGUUACAUAUUAAGGUAUACGAAUAAUUUAAAUGUAUACCGGGUACUUAAAAUCUAUUGUUCUAUCAAUCGGUCAAUGGUUUAAUUAAUAUAAACAUUAUGCAAUUAUAUCUUCAUAUUACAACACAUUCCCCAAAGUAUUUAUAUGUUUUCCUGUAUUAAGUAAUAAAUGCGAUGAGCUCUGGCUGUAUUAAGUCAGAACUAAUACCUUGCUCUAAAUUCAUAUGUUAACACUAAAAUGUCUAAUAUUUAGUAUUAAUUACAUUGCCAAUGACAGCUAAUCCUGCCAUGUUACACAUUAAUAUUUACAAAAACAAGAAGUAGAUUGAAGAAAUGUGUUCAAUGAUCUUUUAACAGAUAAUCAUUCAUAUCAAUCUAAAAAAAAUGUGUAUUACAAAUUCAUUGUAUUUAUCAUUAUAUUUUAAAUUUCACUUUAUUAUGAAUUAUAACUUGGAUAUGUAUAUAUAUAACUUGGAUAUAUAUAUGUGUGUGUAUAAACAAUAUCUUCAAAAAAAGUAAUAAAAUAUAUAUACUACUGAUAUAUUAAGUAGUACAUGAAAGAGAUA